AUGGCAGAGUCUACAAAAACUGAACAAGAUUAUAAGGACGAAAUCGAUCGUCUAAAGAGCGAAUUGGCUACUACAUCUAGACUAGCAUCUAGAUUAACAUCAACUCCUGUAAGACCUUCUGAGAGUUUACGUUUUAAUUCUCCGUUUUCAUUGCCAUCAACAUCAAACACUACAUCAUCAUCAGCAACUAAGUCAGUCGUUUACAUUGAUAGAACCCGAGAACCAAAGAAGUUUGAAGGGAUACUGAAAACUUCAGGCGAUUUAACUGUACACGAGUGGAUUGAAGAUAUCCAGGGAUAUGUGUCAACUCUUAAUCUUACCGGCGAAGAUGAAGCAAGGUUUAUAUAUUCUCAUCUAGAAGGUGAUGCGAAAGAAGAAGUAAAGUUAAGAAAAGCGAAGGGGAAUGCCAGCUUGAUUUACGAUGCUAUACGAAGUGCAUUUUCUGAAACCCAUUCUACUUCUCAUCUACUCAAACUUUUCUAUGAACGAACUCAAAAGAAGGAUGAAAAUCAUUUUGCAGAUGGUUUGUACGAUGCACAUCUUAGAAAAGAAUUGAAGCGCCAAAUACGUGACAAUCCCUCAUUAUCUUUCAUCGAUAUCAGAAAGUUUGCAUUAGAUUGGACUGAAGAAGAGAGUAAACCAAAGGAAAAAGUUAAUACCAGUGCAACAUCAGAAGAAGUUGUUACCACGAAUACUCAAAUGGAUGAGUUAAGAAAAUUAAUACAAACCCAACAGGAGCAAAUUGACAAAUUACAAAAUUUACUGACUCGACGUAGUACUGGCAAAUGUUUUGAAUGCAACAGGACUGGUCAUAUUAGAAGAAAUUGUCCAGAUUUAAAACGGAAACAGGAAAACUAA